AAUGUUACAGAACAGGAAUGUUGUCCAAUGGUUACACUUGGUGGAUUUCAAGACAAGGAGAAAAGAUGACAUACUGGGGAGGAGCGGAUCCAAAUCAUGAUGGAUAUUGCGCUUGUGGAGAAACGGGGUCUUGCCAGCCGGGGUAUUCUUACAAUUAUAAAUGCAACUGCGAUUACUAUUCUUCAUCAUAUGCCGCAACUCGAGUUGACGCAGGAUAUUUGUACGAUAAAAAUACUCUUCCAGUGACAGGAAUGCAUUUCGGAUUUGCUUACUCGUCAUCGUCGUAUAGUGGUUACUAUACUCUCGGACCUUUAAAAUGUUACUAGCUUCAGUGUUUUUAAAAAUAUUGGAAUAUUGUAGCUUAUUAGGCGUUUUUUUGGCUAAUUAAAUUGUAAAAUUGUUUGUGA